AUGAACUCUAGCCAAAAUGUUUGUGUUGGGUCUCUGGAAACAGCCGCAGGGCAGGAUCGUGAGAUAAACGCGUGCAAAACCAAUAGCGGAUUCGCGCCGCACCCAGAGUACUGCGACGAGUACUACGAGUGCGUGGGUGGCGUCGAGGCCCUGCGGGUCGGAUUCGCGCCGCACCCAGAGUACUGCGACGAGUACUACGAGUGCGUGGGUGGCGUCGAGGCCCUGCGGGUGUGUCCCAACGGACUCGUGUUCGUCGGCAAGGGGCACGGGUUGCUGGACAACUGCCACUACCCGUUCGUCGGCGAUUGCAAAGGCCGACCCAAGCGUCAUCCCCCGACCCAAGUCGAGCAUUGCGACUGGUUGUACGGCAUCUUCGGACACGAGACGUCCUGCACCAGGUACUGGACCUGCUGGAACGGAACAGCAACCGAGCAGUUCUGCAUCGGAGGCCUGUUGUACAACGAGCAAACCCGGUCCUGCGACUGGCCCGAGAACGUCGAGGGUUGCCAGAAGCAUCCCCUGUGCAAGGAGCACCCGAAUGGAAAUGUCGCCCUGGGCAAGUCCUGCAACCGUUAUUGGCACUGCCAGGGGGGAUACCCGCGCCUCCAGCGAUGCCCCGCCAUGUUGGUGUUUGACAAAAACUCGCUCCGCUGCGUCGUUCCGCCUACUGAAGACUGCGAAGUGCCUCCACCAUCGACUACCGAAGCUUCUCAAGGAGAGGACAAUGGGGAUGGCGAUAACGAAGGCAACAACAACGGCGUUCAACAGCAGCAGCCGAAACAACGGCCCGUGCAAUCACAGCAACAGAAUAAGCAACAACGACCUCAACAGAUCCCCGCAGUAAGUGGAGCGAUCCCGGUCGGUGCCCAAAGGUUCACGCCUCAGCAACUGCCGCAAUUUGCGGGUCUGCCUCAGCUCCCUGGGGGCGCUAUUCCGUUGAACCUGCAACAAAAUAAUCAGCAGCAGCAACAACAACAACAACAGAGAAAUCGCUUCCAAAAUUAAAUAAAUCCGGGAUUCCCGAAAGGACGCCACGAACAAACUCGGCAUCAUCAGGGAGACCGAAUCGCCAGUGAUUCCCAGCACCUCGAUUUACUGUAUAAGAGCGUUAGCAGCAGCAACAACAACAAAACAUUUUGAUCGUCCCCAGUUUUAUUUAGAGGUCACUUUGUACAUGCAGUUCAAUGUUAUCCUUGGAAUGAUUUCAAAAUGGGGACGAACAUCGAGCCUCCGUUGCUUCGUUUUUACUCGAUUUUUUUUUUAUUAUCACUUGGAAAGAACAACACCAUCACCUUCAAUGGCGAGGAGGAGGAAUCUAUUGUCUCGAACCGGAUCAACGUUCCGGAGAAAUCUUCAUUUGUUCUGUUUUUGAAAGAGCCCUGUUUUGAUCGAUAUUCGUUUUGGUGGAAAUAAAAUGAGUGCUUUUUUA